CCCAGGCCGGAAGUCGUCGCUCUCGAGGUCUCGGGCCGCUCCAUGCCGGCGACAUGAAGGCCAUCGUCCAGCGGGUCACCCGGGCCAGCGUGACAGUUGGCGGAGAACAAAUAAGCUCGAUUGGACGAGGCCUUUGUGUGCUGCUGGGUCUGUCUGUGGAGGACACGCAAAAAGAACUUGAACAUAUCGUUCGAAAGAUAUUAAACCUCCGCGUGUUUGAAGAUGAGAGUGGGAAGCAGUGGUCUAAAAGUGUGAUGGACCAGCAGUAUGAGGUGCUCUGUGUCAGCCAGUUCACUCUGCACUGCAUUCUCAAAGGAAACAAGCCCGAUUAUCACAUGGCCAUGCCAACCGAGCAAGCAGAGACCUUCUACAACAGCUUCUUGGAGCACCUCCGCAAAGCAUACAAGCCAGAGUUCGUUAAAGAUGGCAAAUUUGGUGCAUACAUGCAGGUACAUAUCCAGAAUGAUGGGCCUGUGACCAUAGAACUAGAGUCUCCUUUGGCUCCGAUUGAUUCUAAGCAGAUGUUUUGUUACUAAGGACCACUGGUCAAAACGAAGAGCCGGUCUUCAGUUCCUGGCAGUGUCCUUUGGUAUUUCCUUCUGCGAGGCCAUGUGCCGAAUGCACUUGGGAAAUUAAAACGAGGGCUGCUGCAAGGAAAACAAUGAAUGGAGGAUGGUGGG